CACACAACGGGCGCCUGUACAGCACAAGUACUUGAACACUGGCACGUCCUUCGCAGGAACUGCAAUCAUUCGGUCUUCACUUCGUCUACUGUGUCUCCUGUUCCGGCUGACCCAUCCAACAAAACAUAGGAGAAGCUUUACCACCACUCUAACCGUACCAGGGCGGAAGUCGCCGCGAGUCAUUUGCCAGCGCUCAAGAAUGGAGAGUCAGAUGGCGAGUCAGCCUGCAAUCACUACCCCGCAACGUACAGAAACGAGCUCUACGAAAAUAAACACUACAAAUGAAGAGACAGAUUCUGUUGCAACGCAGAAAGAUCCUAUCCCUACUGUCGAUGCGGCCGAGAAAGAUGCCAUCUUCAACUCCAUCCACAUUGAUCCAGAGGAUUCGCAGCUCAUCGAGGACCUCUUCCGCAUCUCAAAAAAGAGCCCUAAGCUUGUGCGGUCCACGGCGUACACUGCACCCGCAGACCCAAACAUCGUACUUCGGAGUUGGAAGAUGAACGAGUUCAAGUACUACGACGUGCCUUCACCAUUCCCAACGCUUGCGAGAGGCUUGUUCACCCAAGAGAUCAAGAAAGGUGACCAAGUGAAGCACCGGAUCGUUGCGCGCGGUUAUGACAAAUUCUUCAAUAUCGGCGAGGUGCCAUGGACACAUUGGGCAUCACUUGAGAGCCACACAGGCCCUCCGUACACUCUUACCCUCAAGUCGAACGGGUGUAUCAUCUUCAUAGCUGCGCUAACACCCACGAAGCUCGUCGUCACGUCCAAGCAUGCGCUGGGCCCCUCGAACAACACUCCCGAGAGUCACGCCCAGGUCGGCGAGCGCUGGCUGCGGAAGCAUCUCGCCGAUGCAGGAAAGACGGAAGAGCAGCUCGCAAAGACACUCUGGGACCAAAACCUGACCGCCGUCGCAGAGCUCUGCGAUGACUCGUUCGAAGAACACGUCCUCCCAUACGGCCCUGAUCUGACAGGUCUCCACCUCCAUGGCCUCAACGAAUGCACCAAGCGCUUCCGGACAAUGGACCAGCCCGCCGUCGACGCCUUCGCGCGCGAGUGGGGCUUCAUCGUCACCAAAUGCAUCGUCCUGCACACCGUCCCCGAGGUCAAGGCCUUCACCGAGGAGAUCGGGCGCACAGGUAAGUGGGACGGCGAGUCGCUCGAGGGCUUCGUCGUGCGCACGCGCGUCGUGGACCCGCCGACGAAGGGCGGAAAGCCCGCGAGCGCGUCGCCGUACGCGCCCGGCUCGUCGUUCUUCUUCAAGGUCAAGUUCGACGAGCCGUACAUGAUGUACCGCGACUGGCGCGAGGUCACGAAGAGCCUCCUGUCGAAGGGCCCGCUCGUCGCGAACGUGCCGAAGGGGAAGCUGCGCAGGCCGGAGACGAGGGUGUACGUGGACUGGGUCAUCGGCGAGAUCAGGCGCGAUAAGAGCCAGUUCGACACGUACGCGCGGGGGAAGGGCAUCAUCGCCACGCGCGAGCGCUUCUUGAAGUGGCUGGAGAGCAACGAGGGGCGGUCGGCGGAGAAGACAGCGGAGGAGAAGCAUGACGAGAGCAGUAUGAACGGGGCGGCCGACUCGCAUAAACAGUUCGGCAAGACGAUCAUCGUUCCGGUCGCCGUUCCUGGCGUGGGCAAGACCAGUGUCGCCGUCGCGCUGUGCCACCUCUUUGGAUUCGGCCACAUGCAGAGCGACGACGUGAAAGCGAAGAAGCCCGCGCCCGUCUUCAUCAAGAACGUCGUGGGUCUGCUCAAGACGCACGACGUCGUGAUCGCAGACAAAAACAACCACCUCAAGCAGCACCGUCAGCAGCUGCGCGAGGCGACGGCGAACAUGAAGCCUCCCGUACGGCUCCUGGCUCUCAACUGGUCAUUCGACGUCCCCCUGAGCACGAUCCACCGCAUCUGCGCGGACCGGAUCACAGAGCGGGGCGAGAACCACCAGGCCCUCGUCGCGGGCGCGCACGAGACCGUCGUCUGGCAGUUCCUAAAGAACGCGGAGGAACUGACGGACGACGAGGUCGACGUGUCCGUCGAGAUGGAGUGGGAGGAGAGCCUCGAGGACUCGCUCGCCCGCGUGGUAGACGCGUGCGUCCGGAUCCUGGGCGUGCAGCGGCCGGACCAGGAGAAGUUCGGGGAGGCGCUGGCGGUCGCCCGGGGCUACAGGGCACCGACGACGAAGAGGAAGGCGGCGGGCGAGCAGGGGAAGAAGGAGAGGAAGGAGCCGCCGCCGAGGUACUACGGCAUCCUCGCGGAGGUGGACCUGGAGGGCGUGCUGGGGAAGCGGUUCAAGGAGGCGGAUGCCCCGCAGGCGGGCAAGACGUUCUGGGAGAGGCUGGCGAAGGGGAAGCGGGUGGCGGCGAGGCCGCACGUCACGGUCGUGCACUCGAAAGCGCUGCCGGAGCAGACGGCGCUCUGGGAGCUCUGCCGCGGCUUGCAGGACGAGGCGCCGCCCCUGUUCAGCUUCCGGCUCGGGCACGUCGUGUGGAACGAGCGGAUCAUGGCGGCGACCGUGGUCGACUUUGCGGUGUCCCUUGACGACGGCAACGCGGCAGCGGAGAAGAAGGGUUUAGACUUCGUGUUGAAGCUGCCAACGGACGUGAAGGACAGGAUGCAUAUCACGGUGGGGACGCGGGACAAGGAGGUGGCUCCUGUGGAGGCGCGGUCGCUUGUCUGGGACUGGAAGCAGAAGGGUGAUAGGGUGGGGGCUGGGGUGGGCUCUGUAGAGCUCAAGGACGUGUGGGUGAAAGGGAGGGUAAAGGGCUUGAUCAGCUAGGCCCCCAUAGUGCGCCUGGUGGAGGAUCUAUGGACUUUGUUCGCUAGCAAUCUGGAAUACAUGGUCGAAACACUACUCAAUAUCUAUCACAUCUGUACGACCUCUCCGUUGCACCGCACAUUAUGUACACUCCAAACCAAAUUGUAAAAAUAUAGCCGGUCGCAGCUCGCUGCAUACAUCCUAGUUUGUCUUCGGCAGAGGUGUCUGGUCUGGCGCCACUAAGAUCGUCGGGCGCUGUAUACGCUGACGUGGAAUCCUCUGCCUCCACGGGUCUUUCGUCGGCACGUCUUUCUCAGCUCUUUGCAAGCACAAGCCCCCGCCCUGAUGGGCGCCGCACUCACCCUCCUCCCGCCGCCUGCCGC